AUGGGACCAAGAACUAGUGUAGUACUUCCUAGAGUAGAUACAUACGAUGAAAGAUACUAUAUAAAACUCCUCGUAGCAGCAUGGGACAGAGUUAUGUUAAUGGACGCUAAUGGAACAAUUUUAGAAACGAUUGCAAAAUCUGACAAAAACGAAAUACAAGAUGUUGCCUUCCACGAAACAAAGAAUUACAUAUAUUGGUCAGGUUCAUCUGGUAACAUAACAAGACUCACUUAUCCAUCAGUCGAUAAUGAAACAGAAGUUAUUUUUCAUCAAAAAGCAGGAUGUAGUUCAUUCGGCGCCGCAGUUGAUUCUAUCAACGAUUAUUUAUACUGGUCGAACUGUAGUGAUAUAGUGAGAUCGAAUCUUGACGGAUCAGAAAUGAAAACUAUUCUUGAUUUCAGUGCAAACGGGUCUGUAGGGACCUUAGAAGUAGAUUCAGAAAAUGGGUUGAUCUUUUUCUUUAAUCCAAUCGACUAUUCAAUUGUAAGAUGCGCAAUAGAUGGCUCUGACGUACGAUUGAUUGUAACACCAACUUAUUGGAUAGAAGAUUUUGCUUUAGGCAGUAAAGUCUGUAAGAAAUAUUCAGCGAUAAAUGAUGACGGCAAAAGAUCAAAAGACUAUCUCAUUGAUCUGGCAAAUGAACAAGCUAUCAGUGACGAAAAUCUAGACCCCGGUUGGUACAGACCUACUAGUGCAAACAGCGAUAAAAUGCCAAUUUCUCCUCCUGACAUAAUGCACUGCGGAACGAUCAAACCCAUUUGGCUUAAUGGAACUUUACCUACAUAUGAUGAUGGUAACGUAAGCAGAGAAGCCUGCGUUCAAACAGAGAAUGACAUUUGUGAAGAGUCCAUUGACAUAGAAAUAAGGAACUGUGGAGGAUAUUAUAUUUAUUUUCUUCAGGAAACACCACCGAAUUCAUCUUUUUGCUUUGGAAGUGGUCCAGUUAUCUGUCCAGUUGGUACAUCAUCAGAAACAGGGUUUUACCCUGGGUGUAGCUCAUCUUACCCAACGACACUUGUGACUGUUGCUGUACAGGCAGAACUGUUUUAUGGUUCAAGUUUACCAAUCCCAGGAUACGAUCCUACACCAAGUUUAUUACCAGUUUUCAGAUGCAAGUUUGAUGAAGAGGCAAACGGAACUUAUAUAUACGACAUCUACUGGUACAUCAACGGAUUUAAAAUUACGUCGUAUACUAACAUCCCAAUGGAAGAUAUGAACACCACUUUACUAAAACAUACAGACUGGAUAGAAAGCUAUAAAAUGAAUUUGGAGGUUCAGUGUGCUAUUAGAAUGAGGUAUUUGGCUUAUUCUGUUCCUGGACCAUUACAGUACAGUGCAAAUUUCAAGGCAGGAAUAUUUCCAGAGAAAUAUGACUAUACCGUCAUUGAAGGCGAAUCCAUUACGAUUUCGUUCAGGUCGACCGUUCCGGUUGGUUGCAUUGCCUCGCAUAAAACCCUCAUGGCUCACUGUGAUCAAAGUUUUUAUGUGUUUCAACCAGGAAAGAAUUCAAACGUUGGAUCGUGUUCAAAUAACAUUGCCAUAAAAGAUAUCAUAUUUAAAGCACAAUUUUGCGGCAUCAAAUUUGGAGUCACUGACUGGCAAGAAGAGAAGAAAUUGGAGGUAUUUGGUUUUAGCGAUGGUCUGUAUAACAGUGGAGAUAGAUCAACAUACAUAAGGCUUUCCACUUCUGCUGUGUCAGCAUUUAGUGAAAUGUGGCAAAAUGUACAAAUUCCGGACAUUAAGGUUAAAGUUUUAGAUAAAGAUGCAUCAAUGACAAGCAGGCUUUGUCAAUCAGUGAAUGAUCCUCAUAUUUCGACCUUUGAUGGAAAGUAUUAUCACUUUAUGGAUAUUGGUGAAUUUGUUAUGUACAGAAAUGACAGAGGACCCUAUUGGGUACAUGCGUUGUUGACCAACUGUGGAUUUGGUUGGCAAGGAUCUGCCUGUCACUGUGCGAUAGCAAUACGAAGUCGCAGUUCCUUGUUUGUAAUCAGGACUUGUAAAUCUAUUUCGAGGACCAAAAAAGAACUAUUAACCACACCAGUUACCAAAUUAAUAAGUUGCGAUGACAACGACCUACUUAUUGACUUUAAUCAAGGACGAAACGAGUACAAGGUAACUUUACCAAUCGGAACAGAAAUCAAGAUAUCAGUAUCGAGGUGGUCGGGAUUUAUCGGUACUGUCACAGUAAAACCUUCAAUUUAUGACAUAAAUGAAGCAAAAGGAUUGUGCGGUGUUCCGAGUGUCACUAAAGAUCCUUCAGAUGAUUAUACCCAUCGUUAUAAUGGACCAGUUAGUGAUGAUCAGGAAUUUGCUAAAUCAUGGGGAAUAACAUCAGAAAUGACGAAUGAACAAUUGUUUGUUGAUGAACCUGAUUUUAUCAACGAUGACUUGAUUCUGAACAUUCCGAACAAUCCAGCAAGUAUAAAUAACUCUACAACAUUUUGUACAUGUGAGGAUCAGGCUGGUAGUACGGAUUCACUUGAUGAUUUCAACAGCCUCCAAUGUAACUUGACGGAAAGCACUGAAUUUUGCUCAAGUUCUCAACAGUCUGAAAAUCAGAUCAACUCUUAUUCUACUUCCUGUACCAUAUCUAAACGUAAAAGGCGUUCUUUAGAUCACUCUAGAGUUGUUCGGCGAAGCACUACUGAUGCAGAUGACAGUGAUGAUGUAACUGAGUCUCAACCUCUUAUCUUUGAUGAGGACAUCAACAGUACAGAUGUGUUCUCUCAAACCUUUAGAAACGGAUGGACAGCAGAAACAGCGUACCAAACAUGCCAAGAGGCUUUGACUACAGCAAUUCCAUCUGAUGUUUACAGCGAUGUUGUUGAGGUUGAUGUGGAAAAUUUCAUACAGUCAUGUGUGUCAGAUAUUGAAGUAACUGGGGACAAGUCCUUCUUAACGGAUACUAUCAAUGCCAUGGCAACAAAUAUCAUGACGGAAAUCUCCAGAAAUGAAUCACUUUUCAUUGUGAACACCACUGAUGGAUCACAGACAAUUCUUGAGCAAAUUACAAGCAAAUUAUGUAUAAACAACUGUAGUAAUAACGGCGUCUGUGUUUCAGGUCAGUGUGAGUGUUCAAAUCAAUAUAUUGGUGAUGACUGUUCCAAAGACACUUCAACACCACCUGUUAACAUUAGUCUGCCAUCUGAAGGUUUAUGUACUACCACAACACGUUCAUGCAAAAAGACUAAUAUCUAUGGUGAUUUUUUGUCAAUGGAAGUCUGGUAUAAGAUCCGAUAUUUUAAGGUAGUUGAUAAUUCAAAACUGUACUCAUCAAACUGGGAGAUUUACAAGGCUCAGUACAGAAAUAUGUUUAUGGUAACUGUCGACCUUGGUGUAUCAAGAAAAACUCGUUCAGUCUCGGGACCUUCGAUUGUAGAAGGAUAUGAGAUCACACUGUCGAACGACGGAACUAAUUUCGGGGAGGAAGUGUCCAUACUUAUUUAUGACGAAGGAUGUGUUUCAUGCAACAGCUCGAUGAAUUGCGUUUCAUUGGAAGUUUGUGAAUCAUCAAAAGACACUGCAGAAAAUGACGGAGAUAGUACCACGACCAUUAUAGCAGUAGCAUCAUCAUGUGGUGUUGUUGGUGUGGUUGUGUGUGUGUUAGUUUUACUUUUCUACUUAAAACAUAAACACACAGUUGAAAAGUCAAAAGUUGGUGUAUACUCUGGCUGUCAACAUGAAAAUGGUAAAAAUAUGGACAAUGGGAUGUUGUCCAAUAGGACCGAACCAUUUAGAGAAAAUACCAUAAGCGAUCUUGAUGUUCACUUUGAAGAAGGCAAAGAAAUAUCACUGAGCAAUUUCGACAAUCAGCUACCACCACAAAAUCAUUUCCCGAACAAUUGAUGAAUUUGCAACAACAGCAAAAUUACAGUCUGACUAUUAUUAAUGACAUGCUGAUUUUUGUAUUAUUUUUUUUCUUUUGAAACGUUGACACAAAUAUCUCAAAUAAUGUUCUAACAUGAAAUUUCUAUAAAUUUAUAGUAAGGGUUAAGUCGAUUCCUUUUUACAUUAGUCAUGCUAAUUUACAAUAGGUUGCAUUUCUGUAAAUAUUAACAAUGCAAUGUCCCUUAGGAACUCCUUUUACGGUUAAAACUGUACCACUCUUACUAAAAAUGUAAGAGUAUAAAAUAUAGGGUUGUGCGGCAUAUUUUCAACGUUUAUAUGCCCUGAACAUUUCAGAGUUUAAACUAACACAAAUGUUCUAUAACUACCCCUACCUCGAAUGACAAGUAACCACAGAUUUCAAUGUAAACAAUAUGCAAAAGUAUAUUCGCUGGUAAUAUUCACAAGUUAUGUCUGUAUGAGAUGGUCCACAGAGAGCAUAACUGGGAACCAGUAUGUAGACAAAAUCAUUUUUUUUAUGAAUAUUCUAGAUCUCCCCAAAAGAGCUGAUUUUAUAAAGUGCAACCUAUUUUUUCACCGGUGUAACACUAUUAACCUGUAAACCUUAUUGCUUAAGAAUGCCCUCGAUUGAAAACUUUUAAUUUCGUAGUUUCAAACAGUUAUGUGGAGGUUGAUAAAUUCUUUCUUGUUGCCAAUCCAAAUCAAAUUUUUUUUUUACUAAAGUUCUACGUAUAAAUACGACAAACCGCUAGUGUUGGUUUAUUUGGUAGCAGUAACAUUUUUCUCUCUUUCAAACAGUAUAAAAUCACAUAUUAAUUUUAUAUCAAUUUUACUCUAACUUACAACAAAAUUGAUUAACACUCAUUAUACGUUAUGAACUAAAACUCUAUAAUUCGUAAUCAUAAAUGUCGACAAUCAUAGAUAAACUGUACGUUGCAUUUACUGUGACACAUAUGAUGAACUGACAAUUCAACAUAACACGGAUACCUUCCCAUAACACCGCUUACGAUUUCACGUGCAUGUAUAACCAAUAUCAUUUAACCUUAAAUAACCAUAAUCCGUGAUACAGUUCUCAAGCCAGUAUAUAUAUAUACUGAGUGCCAAUUAAAACGCAACACUU